AUGGCCUACUCAUUAAUACAUCAGUCUGAUGGCAUGUGUGUUAUACCGUCCGAUGAAUGUGAAUAUGAAUUCGAUGUUACACGUAAUGCAGUUUCAUUAGCAGUUAAAAAUCCAACAGUGAAACAGAGAAUUACAUCCGAUUUAACUCUGGAAAUAUGCGAAGAAUAUUCAAAACAAGCAAAAAAAUCAGCAGAGAAUCUCAGUUUAACACCGAAUUUAGAACUGUUAGCAAUGAUCAAAGUUGCUUGUAUUCAUGAUGUUCAACUGAGUGAAGAUAAAAGAAGUUAG